UGGUAAUGUGAUAUGGAACGGAUUAACCUCUGCACUUCCUCUAGAACAUAUGCUUUUUGUCGGCGCACUCGAAAAUAGAAUCUGAAGAGACACGCUUUUUAUCAGAUCAUAUAACUGUGAAGAAGAAUUUUUCGCAAUCAUGAACUUCCAACUGUUGACGAUCCUAGUGAUUGCUGCCCUUUUCUCUCAAGCCAGAGGAUAUUGCGGUGCCAGACUUCUGCGAACAAGCAUCACGCGCGCAGCCAUCAGAGCUGCCGAAUGGUUAAAGAAUCAACAAAACAAAAAUGGAAGUUACGGGUUGGGUCACGUGAGUGCGUUUGCAUUCAACUCUCUACGUCUUACUGGUCACUCUGUGAGCACUGGUGCUAAGCAUCUGAAUGCGGAGCUCACUAAAGCUGACAUCGGUUCACUGACCGGGGGAAGGGUAGCACUUUAUAUACUUGGAGCCUUGGCCACGUGCAAAGACCCCAGCCGCUUUUAUGAUGUUAAUUUGGUUAGAAGCCUGAGAGACAAACUAAACAAGUUCCCUCAGUUGGGAUUUAAUCACUCUUUUCAAUACAGCCUGGCUGUAAUGGCUCUCUGUAGCAGCAACACAACUCUGAACAGGCAAAUGCUUGGCUAUGUGGAUGAAAUCCGUAAGAAGGUGGUAAUUGAAUCGAGCGUUGCCAGUUACCAUGUAUCCGAGACGCUUGCAAUGCAAAUAAUGGCGUUGACCUGUGUUAAGAAUUCCAUAAAAGGACUGAACAAGAAGAUACUUGAAAAGAAAAUCCAUAGAGCUGUUCAUUUGGGAGGUAGAAAAUUUCUCAAGGCUCAAAUCAACGACAGCACGUUUGGGGGAAACGAAGUCACAGCAGCUCUUGCUUCUCAGGCUCUUUUAGCAGCCAAAGGGAAGACAAAAAAGUGUUCUGAGACUUUACGCUGGCUGGUGUCUCGUCAAAAACCUGAUGGAUCCUUCAUUAACUUGCUCAGCACACUAUAUGUCACACCGGCCUUGAUCGGAGCACUACCCUACGAUGUCAAAGACAUAGUGUGUCUUAAAACUACAGAUGAAAGAGAACAACAGAAUAUAACCGUCUGCGUUGAGCUCAGGUUCGUCGACACUAACAAAGACACCGAAGGAAAAACUCCUCCACCCACCAAGUGCGUGACAGUAGCAAAUGGCACUAAUGCUCACAACAUCCUGAAAGAAGCCGCUAAAAAACAUCCAUGUUAUGCAUUCACCACCCAAACCUCCACAUACGGCCAUUCGGUGACAUCCAUCUGUGGCGUCCAACGCAGACCUGUCGAUAAAUUCUAUUGGAUGAUCUACAUAGACGAAGAAACAGCCCCUGUGGGAGUGGAUGAACUGAAGCCUGCUCAUGGAUCCACUCUCAGUUUUCGGUAUAAACAACUGCACUGGCGGUAGUCAAGUUAAGCUGUGUGGACGCCCUGAUGUGUUUCAAGUUCUUCCGAAAUAUAGAGUUCUUUCAUCGGCAGAAGAUAAUAAACAUUUAGAUAUAUUUUGAUCUGAUUUUUUUUUUUUUAAGGUGGGUGCUGGUUUUAAAUAGGGUUGUUAAACAACAAAUCUUUAGUUGCCACCUUAAUUCUUGGAUGAGUGGUAACUCUGAACCUAUCCUAGGGAGCUAAAGGUACACGAAGCUAAAAUAAAAGAUAUUUUAAAGAGUUUGUAGAA